CGGCGAUAUGCACAGGGUGCGAGGGCAUUCAAAAGCUGGAAAUUCGUGAUUAGUUUCAUCUUUGUCGGUAUCGGUGUCCUUUGGGUGAUACAUGGCUGCGACGGUUACACCCAAACACAACGGGACAAUUCAGUGACGAAACCCGGAAGUGAUUCUGCCGUCGGGUAUUAAUUGGCAACUUAGAUUCGUCAACAACGUACGGCUCAAGUCGAUAAUAGAUAGAAAGGGCGAAAUGACUGCCGAGGCAAAGAUUCCCGCCUCUUUGGAGGAAGAAACCGCCAUUCGAAGGCUUGACGAAAGGACGUUUGCUGCCAAUCUCUCGCCCAGUUUCUGCAUAGGCGCUGUCCCCAAUGGCGGCUACGUUGCCUCCGUCUUCCUGCGUGUAGCAAAAGAAUAUCUCGCACACAAGAACCUAACAGACACAAUCACCGCCCACUGGGAAUUUCUCAACCGCACCAUCUCCGGCCCGGCUGUUCUCGUCGUCGAGGAAGUAAAGCCCGGCCGCUCCAUCUCGGUGCUGCACAUCACGCUCUACCAGGGCAAUUUACUAUCCCAAGCGCCAUGGAUCUCGACGGGCUCGCAAUCCGGAACGCCAAAGUCGGAGAGAGUCGUCGCCGCGUAUCUGACAAACAGGAGCAUCGCCGCGGAGAACGGCAUCAGCCUGCCCACGGGAUGGUCGCUGCAGCCGAAGUUGCCGCCGCCGGCUGACUUUGACAAGAUGCUCGCCAACAAGGAUCCAGAAUGGGGAGCUCUGGAUCUCGUGAUUCAGCGGAGAGUUACGGCCGUGCAGCAGCUUCGCUUCUUUUACAAUCGCGCCGCUUUUGCGAAAUCCGGGACCGACUCCUCGUUUGACUUGUGGAUGUGUACCAGCAACGGCGAGCCAUUGAAGGCUACAUCCCUAGGAUUCGUCGUCGACUGCACGGCGGCUUUCAUCCCCGAGCUACACCGUCCUCGAUCCAAAGACGAUCCUCCUGUUGCGGGAGGCGAGUUCACGCGCAAGACUGCGUUGUGGUAUCCUACGUUGGCUAUGAACCUGGAGGUGAAGAAGGCGUUGCCGGCGGAGGGCGAGCGGUGGCUCUUUGUGCGGACGUCGGCUAAGCAGAUUUACAACGGUCGGUUUGAUGUUGAAGUUAUUGUCUUUGAUAGAGCAGGCGAUUUGGUUGCUUUGAGUCAUCAUGUUGCCAUGGUGGUCAACUCUGAGAAGAAUACAGCCAAGAGGGCUCCGUUGGCUGGAAUUACAUACAAGAUGUGAAGAGCGCGGGCAUAUUAUGUUGGUAAUUUUUUAUUGUUUAAUGACCUUUUUUGUACAGAAGACAUGGUACAUUCUAUCUUAGAAGUGGAAUUCAAUACAGAACAUGAC